AUUGCACUUUGCGUAUUGUGAUAUGGCUUUGUCGUCCUACAUCAGGCUUCUCCAUUUGGUUCUUGUUUUCUGUGCUUAUUCUUUAAGAACUGGUACGUCCGGUAAUCCAGGCAUUGAAACAGAAUUCAACAAAUGGUUGAGCUGGAAUGUCCGAAACCGCAGAAGCCAGCGGCUGCCGGAUCAAUCCGUUGUCUUGUCGGGUGGCGGUGGAGGGAGGCCGGGUCUUGACGAUAAGCUGGUGAUUGCGGAGACGAACAAGGUGACGAUAAAUGUUAGUUCAGAUGGAAGUGGCGGUUUCACGACGAUUAAAGAAGCACUCAACAGCAUCCCUUUACGCAACACCAAGAGAGUCAUUCUCGCCAUAAAACCAGGCUUUUAUAGGGAAAAGAUUUUCAUUCCUAGAACAUUGCCCUUCAUCACAUUUCUUGGGGAUGCAAAUAACCCACCAACUAUAACCGGGAACGACACCGCAUCAGGUAAUGGCACAGAUGGGAGGCCUUUGAAGACAUUUCAAAGUGCAACAGUGUCUGUGGAAGCAAAUUAUUUUGUGGCCAUCAACAUCAAGUUUGAGAACACAGUCCCGCAUACGAUUGGAUCGAAAGGGGAUCAAGCAGUGGUAGUUCGCAUAUCAGGGACCAAGGCUGCAUUUUACAACUGCAGUUUCUAUGGAGAUCAAGACACUCUUUACGACCACAAGGGUUUCCACUACUUCAAUAAUUGCUUUAUCCAAGGCUCCGCGGAUUUCAUUUUUGGUUACGGCAUGUCUAUUUAUGAGAACUGCUAUUUGAAUUCCAUAGCGAAGAAAGUGGCUUCUUUCACGGCACAAAAGCGAUCCAGUGCGUCAUUAGACAGUGGGUUUUCCUUCAAAGAUAGUGUGGUAACCGGCAACGCCACUGGCCUGGCUUACCUAGGAAGAGCGUGGGGUGAUUAUUCAAGGGUCGUCUUCUCCUACACGUACAUGGACAAGGUGGUUCGUCCCCAAGGAUGGAAUGACUGGGGCAAACCAAAACGUGAUGGGAGGGUGUACUAUGGAGAAGACAAGUGCAGUGGACCGGGGGCCAACUUCACAGGAAGAGUGCCAUGGGCACGACUUCUGACUGAUGAAGAAGCCGAACCUUUUAUAGGAACAUUAUACGUUGAAGGAGACGCUUGGCUCAUCAUUCAAAAAAAAAAUGGUUGACCCUUAUUCCCAUAUGUAAUGAGA